UCUCUCUCUCUCUCUCUCACAUUCAUCACAUUCAUGGAGCUCUCUAUGACUGUUUUGACAGUCCUAGCUCUUCUCUGCCCACUAUUCCUUCUUUGGAAACUCUUUAACCAAUUGAGAGACCAAAGCUGCUAUGUAUUAGCCUAUGAGUGUCACAAACCAACUGAAGAUAGAAAGCUAGACACAGCUCAAUGUGGUGAAAUCAUCAAACGUAACAGAAACCUGAACCUUGAAGACUACAGGUUUCUCUUAAGAAUGUAUGUUCGUGCUGGUAUUGGUGAAGAAACUUAUGGUCCAAGAAACAUCAUUGCUGGUCGAGAAGAAUCACCUUCACUCAAAGAUGCUAUUUCAGAGAUGGAUGAAUUCUUCUUCGAAACCCUAGAUAAGCUUUUCACCAAAACUGGUGUUACACCUUCAGAAAUCUCUAUUCUUGUUCUUAAUGUUUCUAUGUUAGCUCCUGAACCAUCUUUAGCUUCAAGGAUAAUCAACCAUUACAAGAUGAGAGAAGAUAUUAAAGUCUUUAACAUCUCUGGUAUGGGUUGUAGUGCUAGUAUUGUUUCUUUGAGUGCAGUAAAGAAUAUCUUCACCACUCAUAAGAAUUCAUUAGCUAUUAUGGUUACUGCUGAAUCAAUGGCACCAAAUUGGUAUACAGGGAAAGAUAGAUCUAUGAUUCUUACUAAUUGUUUAUUUAGAUCUGGUGGGUGUUCUAUCUUGUUAACUAAUAAACCAAGUUUAAGAUCUAAAGCUUUGUUUAAAGUUAAAGAUUUAGUUACUACUAAUCUUGGUGCCAUUGAUGAAGCUUACAAUUGUGCAAUGCAAACUGAAGAUGAACAUGGAAGGAAAGGUUUUAAUCUCAACAAGUCAUUACCAAGUGUUGCUGCUAAAGCUAUGCUUGAGAAUCUUAAAGUGAUGGCACCUAAAGUACUUCCUUUAAGGGAACAGGUAAGGUAUAUGGUAACAAGAUACCUUAGGAAAUGGAAGAGAAGUGCUGGAGAAAGCAAAAGAGGAGUUAAUUUUAAGACUGGUGUGGAUCAUUUCUGUCUUCAUGCAGGUGGUAGAGCUGUUAUUGAUGGUGUUGGUAAGAGUUUAAGACUUUCUGAAUUUGAUUUAGAGCCAACAAGAAUGGCUCUUUAUCGAUUCGGAAAUACUUCUGCAAGUAGUCUUUGGUAUGUUUUGAGUUAUAUGGAAGCUAAGAAGAGGUUGAAGAAAGGUGAUAGAGUUAUGAUGAUAAGCUUUGGAGCUGGUUUUAUGUGUAAUAGUUGUUUAUUGGAAGUGGUUAGAGAUUUGGAAGAUGAGAAUGUUUGGAAAGAUUGUCUUGCUAGGUACCCACCAAAAACCCUAGUGAAUCCUUUCAUGGAGAAGUUUGGUUGGAUCAAUGAUGAGAAUUUGGAUGAAAAUGUGGUAGAUAUUUAUAAGAUGCUGUGAAAUCUUAAUUUA